GAGGAUAAUCGUUCUUCUCUUUGCUCCAAAGAUUCUCUUUUCUCUACGUUGACACUAAAAGAGUUAACAAUUUCAAUUAGGGAAAUUGUUCCAUUUGGCUUAAUUGCGCAGGUUGCAUGUAGAAUUUAUAAUAUACAAUUGAGAGCGCAUUUCCUCUUCUUCUGUUUUUCCCGUGUGGACCAUGUGAGCUGCUUAUGGACCUAUACCAAAUUAAAUGGAUAUGCAUGGUCAUCCGAUUAUGAUUUAUUUUGGGAAUAUCUGACAUGGCAAAGAUGCUGUCCCUCACGAGAAUCACGCUAUUCAAAAUGCUUACAUUGAUUCUCUUACAAGGUGUCUUGAUGUCCCACGUGAUACCCGAGAGCAAUCCCAGAAGUCUCUCAGACUCAACGAUGUUUGGCUCCAGGGUGCCCAGGGGUUCACAGCUAUCUGACACCACAAAGUCCCGACAAAAGCGCUGCACCUGUUAUUCCUACACGGAUAAAGAGUGCGUCUACUACUGUCACUUGGAUAUCAUCUGGAUAAACACUCCCGAGCGCACUGUGCCUUAUGGCAUGUCCAACUACAGAGGACUGCAGAGAAGGAAACGUGAUGUUGGUCUACGUUUGAUGGACCGUGACAGGCCAAAGACACAACGCUGCAUUUGUGCUGUGGCCAGUGCAGAUCCUGAGUGCCAGGUUUUUUGUCUUUCAAGCUCCCACAAGCCAACCAGGAGUCUCCACAGAGUCUCUGGCCUUGGAUGACCAUUUUGCGCCUCUCAAGCUUCUGCUCUUCAUCUUGGGUGACUAGACCCCUCCUCUUCAGCCCAUUCUCAUCACUCUCCGUUUGGUGUCUUGCCUCCCAGGUACACACAGUCAAGGGAAGAACUUCGAAGUUGAACACUGCCAACAUUCCUCAACUUCAAAACUCUUGGAGCAAGUUCCGUCAGGCCAAGUGGUUUCAAGAACUUGUCUGCAAACUCCGUACUGAUCUCUUGAGGCUAUUCUCUUUCUGUUCCCUCAUGAGAGCAGCACAGGGAUUACUUUAACCAUAAUAUCAUUGUAGCAGCCAAUGACCUGGCUCAUGUCAAGCUUAAUCAGACGAAGUCUUUGGUUUCAUACCUAGUGUUGUGGGCUACACUUGACUUAAUUUUUAAAAACAAUGAGAUAAGCUAAUAUUGACAUAUAAGGGACAACAAAGACAGUUCAACUAAAGUUCCGGAAAGCGAAAAAUACCUGGAGGAGUCAUGGAAAGAAGGAGUAAGGCAAGAUAUUGUGGCUCUAAAAUGACUGAAACAUGAGAACGAAAAAAAGGCGGUUGAGCUUUUGGCCACAUAUCUUAUGGGGUUGGCAGUGGUAUUGAGCUUUGGAUUUAUCCGAUUAUUUACAUUUUUAUACAAACCAUUGUUUGUUUUUUCAGCAAAAAGUGUCAUUUACUUGCUGAACACAAGAAAAAUCCUAUUUAGUGUAAUUUUCCCACUGGCAAACAUUGUUCCUGUACAUCCUGAAUGAGCCAGCCCUCUUCCUGAUUUAUCUGAAUAAGUAAUAUGUGGCUCUAAGGUUGUUUAAAGCGGUGGAUCUUUUUAAAUAUUUGGCUCAAAAUAUUCAGUAAUCAGUUUUAUAUUUUUCUAGCUGAUAACAAAUCUCAUGAAUCAAUCAAGGCCACCAGAGAAGAAGUAAAUAUAUGAAAUUGUAUUGCCUAUGUAUUCACAGCCUGCUUUAGCAGAUUCCCAUGAGUCAUUAAUGUGCCCAUCUAUUUAAGGAAAGUACUCAGCAUUUGUAAUAUACAAUACAAUAUUUGUUAGUAGUUGACAAGAAGAAUGCAAAAUUAUGCUAGCUGUGUUCUUUAAAUGUUCUUUUAUUUAAAAACGUUAAGUUCAGAAGUUAUGUUACCCUGAAAAUAACAUAACACACAAUGUUCCACUGCAGUCAGAUGAUAGUGUUUUUUGUUUUUGGGGCCAUGUGCCCUCCCAGUGACUAACAGUUUAAUCCUUUCAGUUUCUUUUGACUGGUGCAGAGAAAUGUUUGCACCUUGAAGAGUUUUCACUAUCUGUAGAAAUAGUUCUCAUGUCCCAAGAAAACUGCAGUAUAUCAAGAUAAUAUGUAUUAAAAUGUAGACAGUCUUAUUUGUUGCUUUUUUUGGUAGCAUUGUGACCCAGCAAAUCAAACUGUUUAUGAAACUAUGUAUUUUACUCUAUUUGUAUGGUAGGUAUUUUCCUCUUUACAGUAUUUCAAUCACCUAAAGCUGUAUUUAAAAUAAA